AAUUAGUGAUAAAAGAUAACCACCGACGUUCGUAAUUAAGCUUUUUAACAUUUCGUAGUUUUCAAAAUUUCUAAUUAAAAUAUUUAUACAAAAAAUCUAGUCUUUUGAACAUUAUGGACAAAACAGCUGUUUUUAAAGCUUAUGUAAAAACUAUAAAAACUAGAAAUAGAGCUUUUGGAUCACCAGUACCUCAAACGGAUAUCUUAAAACAACGUAAGCCACGUCGAGAUGACUUUUCACGUAGAGCUAAGGAUAUUGUCAAUGAUUUAGCUAAAUUAAAAGACUUUUUGGACCGCCAUUUUAGAGAGUAUAUAAAUGUCUCUUCUUUUGAUCAGCAGACAUUGUUAACGGACCCCGAUCGUGACAAAAUUGAUGUUGGAGCACAACAUAUUAUUAAAACAUGUAGACAACAAAUAAAUGCUUUAGAAAAAGAUUUAGAUGAUAGUUAUAGUCAAAUAAAUGAUCAUAGGAUACAGAUAGUACGAUAUGUUGAGUGGCGGCUUAAGUCUGUAUCCAAAUUAUUUGCAGACAUGAAAACAUCAAGAGCUCAAAGAUGUUUAGAAUAUGAUAAUGUUUUAAAAUUAAGUAAUUUGGCUAAUGGAUCUGAACGACUGAAAGAAACCAAAAAUUCUUUGGCUGUUGAAAAUGAUGCUGUAGACCGUUUACAUUAUGCUAAUCAUAUUGAAGAAGAGUUAUCACCUGAAGAGCUACAAAUGUUUGAGGCAGAAAACAUAGAAAUGUAUAAUGAGCUUAAUCAACUGUCUAAUGAGGUUAGGAACAUAGAAUCUAAAGCUGUUAGAAUCGCUGAACUUCAAGAGUUAUUUAUGGAAAAAAUUAUAGAACAAGAACUAGAUCUUGAAAGGAUUGAUGCAGUAGCUGUAAAUACAACUGAAAAUAUUGUUGAUGCCAAUACCGAAAUACGAUCAGCUAUACAAACUAACGCUGGUUUAAGAGUUUACGUAUUAUUUUUUAUUUUAGUAUUAUCAUUCACACUUUUAUUUUUAGAUUGGUAUAAUGAUUAAACUGGAUUAAAAAUGUGCUUUGUUAUAAGCUUUAGGUUCAGUUUAUAAUAAUGAUAAUACUUAUUCGGUGUUCAAUUAUCAAUUAUUCAUUUAAAAAAAAAAUUUGAUUUAUUUUAUUUGAGCAAUAAUACUUCUUAUUAAAUUCAAAAUUAUUGUAGUUAUUUGUUGCUGUCAAAAGUUAAAUAAUUUUUAUUUACAAAAAAUGUUAAUGUUAUUAUUAGUCUCCUUAAAUAAAUGAGAUCUUUAAUAGACAUCAUAUUUAAAAAAUAGCAAAGAUAAAUUUAUUAAAGAAGUUUUAGCUUAAUAAUAAUUUAAGCA